AUGCAGGCUGAGGAGGGCCCGGGCUGGCGGUUGGAGCUGCUUACCGAGCUGCAGCUGCAGCAGUAUUUCCUGCGCAUCCGGGCCGAGCUCAACGUCACCCGCCUCUCCCACUUUGAGUACGUCAAAAAUGAGGAUCUGGAGAAAAUCGGCAUGGGACGCCCUGAGGAGCUGGGGCUUGAGGGGGAGUACGUCAAAAAUGAGGAUCUGGAGAAAAUCGGCAUGGGACGCCCUGGCGCAUCGUGUGGCCACAGCCUGGCCAAGGAGUUUCCAGGGCCCUCCAGCUACCGGCCUGGCUUGCCAGGGCUGCUGAGGAGCUGCUACAAUGCUGCUGUGUUCAGUGGGAAGCGUCCCGAGUCGGAACUGCAGAGCACAUUCCGCAAGCCCCCCACACCGCCACCUCCUGAAGCUGGGGGCCAGCACUCCCUCACCUGCCUUGUGCGGGAGCGGGACCUCUCGCUCUUUGAGAAGCUGGGCGACGGCUCCUUUGGCGUCGUGCGACGUGGCGAGUGGUGCACGCCUGCCGGCAAGACGCUGAACGUGGCGGUCAAGUGUCUCAAGACGGAUGUGCUGAGCCAGCCCGAGGCACUUGACGACUUCAUCCGGGAGGUGAACGCCAUGCACUCCCUGGACCACAGGAACCUCAUCCGCCUCUAUGGUGUGGUGCUCUCCCACCCCAUGAAGAUGGUGACAGAGCUGGCCCCACUGGGCUCCCUCCUGGACCGCUUGCGGAAGAACCAGGGUCAUUUUCUCAUCUCCACCCUCUGCCAGUACGCCAUCCAGGUGGCCAAAGGCAUGGCUUACCUGGAGUCCAAGCGCUUCAUCCACCGUGACCUGGCUGCCCGCAACAUCCUGCUUGCCUCAAAUGAACUGGUCAAGAUUGGGGACUUUGGGCUGAUGCGGGCCCUGCCCAAAAAUGAUGACCACUAUGUGAUGCAGGAGCACCGCAAGGUCCCCUUUGCGUGGUGUGCUCCUGAGAGCCUGAAGACACGCACCUUCUCCCAUGCCAGUGACACCUGGAUGUUUGGAGUGACUCUCUGGGAGAUGUUCACGUAUGGGCAGGAGCCUUGGAUUGGCCUCAAUGGCAGUCAGACCCGGAAAAAGAUAGACAGGGAGGGCGAGCGGCUGCCACGGCCCGAGGACUGUCCCCAGGACGUCUACAACGUCAUGCUGCAGUGCUGGGCGCACAAGCCUGAGGACCGACCCACGUUUGUGGCCCUGCGGGACUUCUUGGUGGAGGCCCAGCCCACUGACAUGAGGGCACUGCAGGACUUUGAGGAGCCUGACAAGCUGCACAUCCAGAUGAACGACAUCAUCACAGUCAUCGAGGGCAG